AUGAAGACACUGGAAGAUCAAUCGAUUAGUAUUAUUAAUUAUUAUUUGAGGAAAAAGUUAACUGUUAUAAAUACUCAGCUUCAGCAAGCAGUAUUCAUUCCAAUCAGACCUAAAGAAGAUAGAAGAUCUCUAGAAGAACAUGAAGUUCCCACUGCCGAGGUGGAGAUCGAAGAGCCCGAAGUAGACCAGGUGGAAAUCGACGAGCCCGAAGUAGACAAGGCGGAGAUCGAAGAGCCCGAAGUCGAUGAGGUGGAGAUCGAAGAGCCCGAAGUAGACGAGGUGGAGAUCGAAGAGCCCGAAGUAGACCAGGUGGAGAUCGAAGUGCCCGAAGUAGACCUGGUGGAGAUCGAAAAGCCCAAAGUAGACGAGGUGGAAAUCGAAGAGCCCGAAGUAGACAAGGCGGAGAUCGAAAAGCCCAAAGUAGACCAGGUGGAAAUCGAAGAGCCCGAAGUAGACAAGGCGGAGAUCGAAAAGCCCAAAGUAGACCAGGUGGAAAUCGACGAGCCCGAAGUAGACAAGGCGGAGAUCGAAAAGCCCAAAGUAGACCAGGUGGAAAUCGAAAAGCCCGAAGUAGACAAGGCGGAGAUCGAAAAGCCCAAAGUAGACCAGGUGAAGAGCGAAGACCCUAAAGUAGACAAGGUGGAGAUCGAAAAGCCCAAAAGAAAUGAGAUGGAAGUACGCAACCCGCUAUCCGCAUCCUCUGAUAUCGACAUAAAAAAAAAGACGAGCAAGAAGGCUUCAAAGCGUUCCGGCAAGAAAGCCACCAACAACAGUAAGAAACGUAGGAAGAAAGCCAAGAAAAGAGUCAGGGUUCACAGGAGACGUCGCGUUAGUCGCAAGGGUUGA